CCUACUUGUACUAUGCCUUCGAUUGCGGAUGGAUCCGCAUCCCCUUCAAGGCAGGCGGCUACCAUGUCAGCCAAUGAAGGCAAAGGGGAAGCCAUCCGGCAAGAGUUGGCCAAAAUGGCAAAUACAAGGGCAGGUGGAACGUAUAUUCCACCGGCUCGCCUACGAGCAAUGAUGGCCGAAGCUCAAUCUUCCGAUCCUGGCAGUGUAGAAUACCAACGCAUGAAUUGGGACGCAUUGAAGAAAAGCAUCACUGGAUUGGUGAAUAAAGUGGCAAUAGAAAAUAUCAAAUUCAUCAUUCCGGAAUUAUUUGGUGGAGCAAAUUUGAUCAGAGGAAGAGGAUUGUUUUGCAGAUCGAUCAUGAAAGCUCAGUCUCAGUCGCUGCCAUUCACACCAGUCUUUGCUGCAUUGGCAUCUGUUGUAAACACAAAAUUGCCAAUGAUUGGAGAAUUGUUGGUAAACAGAUUGGUCAAUCAAUUCCGCAGAUCGUUCAAACGAAACGACAAAGUAGUCUGUCAUGCGACUUCGAUGUUCAUUGCACAUUUGGUCAACCAAAGGGUCGUGCACGAAAUUCUGGCUUUGGAGAUCUUAGUCCUGCUACUCGAAAAACCAACUGACGACAGUGUGGAAAUCGCAGUCGGCUUCAUGCGUGAAGUGGGUGCCUUUCUGGCCGAAGAAGCACCGAAAGCGAACAACAGCAUCUUUGAUCGAUUCAGAGCGGUGUUGUAUGAAGGAAACGUCAGCAAACGUGUGCAGUAUAUGAUUGAAGUGCUCUCUCAAGUACGAAGAGAACGAUUCAAGGACAAUCCUCGUGUGCUCGAAGCUCUUGAUUUGGUGGAGGAAGACGAUCAGAUCACGCAUGAGAUCGGUCUGGAUGACGAGGUGAAGAUCGAAGAAACAUUGAAUGUCUUUAGAGCAGAUCCAGACUUUUUAGAGAACGAAGAGCGAUAUAAGGAGAUCAAAGCGGAAAUUCUAGGAGACGAUUCCAGCGGAUCGUCCGAUUCCGGAAGCGAGAGUGAUGAUGAGAGUGAAGCUGAAAACGGCGAAGCUGCCGAUCAAGAACGGGUGGAAAUUCAAGAUCGAACAGAGACCAAUCUGAUUAAUUUACGAAGAACAAUUUACCUCACAAUCAUGUCAUCUGCUGCAUUUGAAGAAGCGGUGCACAAGCUAAUGAAGCUCAGUAUUCCAGAAGGACAAGAGAGUGAAUUAUGCAAUAUGGUGGUGGAAUGUUGCUCUCAGGAACGCACCUUUAGCAAAUUCUAUGGAUUGAUUGGAGAACGCAUGUGCAAAUUGAAUCGAGUCUGGUCCGAAGGUUUUGAGAUGUGUUUCAGGAAUUAUUACGAUUCUAUUCACCGAUACGAAACCAAUCGUUUGCGAAACAUUGCACGCUUUUUUGGUUGGAUUAUUGCGGCUGAUGGGAUCAGUUGGGCAUGCUUCUCUGUGGUACACAUGACCGAAGAGGAUACAACGAGUUCGUCGCGUAUUUUCAUUAAAAUCCUGAUGCAAGAGAUGAAGGAACGAUUGGGCAUGAAAGCGCUAAUAGAACGAUUCAAAGAGCCUACAAUGCAAGAAUCUUUUGAGAACAUGAUGCCAAAGAACGAUCCCAAAUCUACUCGAUUCUCAAUCAACUUUUUCACUAGCAUCGGUGUACCUCAAUUGACUGAUGGAAUGCGAGAACACCUCAAAGUCGUUCGAGAGGAAGCGUUGGCAAAAGCACAAUUGGAUGAAGAGAGUUCUUCCGAUUCUAGUCUUUCGUCAAGCUCAUCAUCCUCUUAUCUGAGUGACUCAAGUCGCUCCUAUACCCGAUCCCCUUCACCUCGUCGUCGACGACAAAGGUCAUAUUCUCGGUCUUAUUCGCCAGAAUCGCGUCGCCGAGAAAGAUCACAUUCUCGAUCUUAUUCGCCAGAACCUCGUCGUCGGGAAAGAUCAUAUUCACGAUCUUAUUCGCCAGCGCCUCGUCGCCGAGAAAGAUCAUAUUCACGAUCUUACUCCCCGGAACCUCGUCGUCGUGAAAGGUCGCGUUCACGAUCUUAUUCACCAUCCCCACGCAAACGAAGAUCCUACUCGCCGUCUUGUUCGCCCUCACCACGCAAAAGGAGAUCUUAUUCGCGAUCUAUUUCUCGCUCCAGAUCAUUAUCGGAUUCUCGUUCACGUUCGCGAUCACGCACUCGAACACCAUCUCCGCCGGCAAAACGUCGAAGACCUGCUCGUGAUGCUUUUAGUCCUGAACGGUCACCAUCGCCAAAGCGAUCCAAAAGGAGUCCAACGCCCUAAAUGUAACAAUAAUGUAUCAUACAAACAAUCUAUACCGUAUACACGCUUCCAAAUGAUCGACAACAAUUGCCUUUACGGGAAACUCUGUUUCAUUGUUCUCGGUCGAAUUACACUGUACUGCUUAAAUAUCUCUAAUGCGUCGGACCGAUGCGUUGACAAUCGGAUAAAUCUGAAUGCCGAACCAUUAAGGAUGGGAAUGAAGAAGUUUACGCGUAAAAUUGACAUUUUCGGUUAGAAUUUUUUAACUU